CCUGUACCACCACCUCCUUUGUCUGUGCACCGGGUUUCGGUACGCAAGGCUGGUUAUUUAUUUAUUUCCUUUUUAUUUGGAGGAUAUAUUUUUAAUAUAUAUCCAUUCUUUUUUCAUUUAUUGAAUGACAGUCGAAUCUGAAAUAUUUAUGCCUAAAAGCAAAGCGCCAAAAAUGGAUGACCUGGACUACAUCCCGGUAGACCUGAGUCCAGAGGAGCGCUCUGAGCUGGAGGACAUCCGCCGGAGGAAGGGAGCACUGCUGCAGGAGAUCCAGAGGCUCAGAGACGAGCUCAGAGAGGCCAUCAUAGAGGUGGAGGGAUUGGAGACUAGUACAGAGGGCAGUAAAACUCUACAGAAGAACAGGCAUGUGGCCAUGGGAAGGAAGAAGUUCAACAUGGACCCCAAAAAGGGUAUUGUGUUCCUGGUGGAGAAUGAGUUGCUCAGACACACUCAAGAGGACGUUGCCCAGUUCCUGUACAAAGGAGAGGGCCUCAACAAGACUGCUAUAGGAGACUACCUGGGAGAGAGGGAGGACUUUAAUCUCAAGGUUCUGCAGGCGUUUGUUGACCUUCAUGAGUUCACUGAUCUCAACCUGGUCCAGGCUCUCAGGCAGUUCCUGUGGAGUUUCCGUCUGCCCGGCGAGGCUCAGAAGAUUGACAGGAUGAUGGAGGCCUUCGCCCAGAGAUACUGUCACUGCAACCCUGGGGUCUUCCAGAGCACUGAUACGUGCUAUGUGCUGUCGUUUGCCAUCAUCAUGCUGAACACCAGCCUCCACAACCCCAACGUGAGAGACAAGCCUGGAUUGGACCGCUUCAUCUCCAUGAACAGAGGCAUCAACGAGGGUGGAGACCUGCCAGAGGACCUGCUCAGAAAUCUUUAUGACAGCAUCAAGAACGAGCCCUUCAAGAUCCCUGAGGAUGAUGGGAACGACCUGACACACACCUUCUUCAACCCCGACAGAGAGGGCUGGCUCCUCAAACUGGGAGGACGGGUGAAGACCUGGAAAAGAAGAUGGUUCAUUCUCACAGACAACUGCCUCUACUACUUUGAAUAUACUACAGAUAAGGAGCCCAGAGGUAUCAUUCCCCUAGAGAACCUAAGUAUCCGUGAGGUUGAAGACCCCAGGAAACCUAACUGCUUUGAGUUGUACAUCCCCAACAACCGUGGUCAGCUGAUCAAGGCCUGUAAGACGGAGGCAGACGGCAGAGUGGUGGAGGGGAACCACAACGUGUACCGCAUCUCUGCCCCCACACCCGAGGAGAAGGACGAAUGGAUCCACCACAUCAACUCUGCGGUCAGCGUGGACCCCUUCUACGAGAUGCUGGCUGCCAGGAAGAAACGCAUAUCAUUAAAGAAGAACGAGGAACAACCGUAGAACAUUCCCUUCUUCCUCCCUCCUCUCCUCUUCAUCUCCUCCUCCACCUCUUCAUCUCUCAUUCCAACAUGGGACACAAGCCCUUCUCUCCUCCUUCCUAGAUUCAUUCCUCCCUUUUUUUCCCCCCCCUCUUUCUUUCUGUGUGGAGGACUCGUUGCUAUCCUGUUUAAGAGACUGGCCAGCACACACAGGCAGUUCAUUCCAC